AUGGAUCUUGUAUUAAAAAUUGUAUGGGCAUUCAAAUUAUAUAUUUUGUUUACUUAUGAAUAAUAUAGACCAAUCUAAUUAUAUCAGGUAGUUGUGAUACUUCUAUAAAAUUUUGGAUUAAAUAAAAUUAAUGGCUAUUCUAAUAGAGCAUAACUGAUCACCCUAAAGAUGUUUAUUCUCUAAACUUAAAUGAAUAAGAUGAAAAUGAAGUAGUCACUUUAAAUUUCAUGA